AUCCAUCUCGAGAAUCAGCAAACCGGAUCUCCGUCGCAUGUUAUCCGGAGAAUAGCAUAACCACUGAGAACGAAGAUGAAUCAUUUGUUUGUCCUCCCACCAGGAGAAUGAAGAAGACGCUUCUCCUUGUGUUCAUCCACGGCUUCAAGGGAGGUGACGAUACUUUCGUAAAUUUCCCGGAGCACUUGAGGGCUCUGGUCAGCCAUGCGCUCCCAAACAUCGAGGUCGUUACCGCAGUCUACCCGAAGUACGAGACAAGAGGAGACCUAAAAGAAUGCGUGGGGAGAUUCCGAGAAUGGUUACAGAAUAAAGUCAUUGAUCUCGAAGUAGAAAACCAUGCGCCAUCUCCUACGGUUGAUCCAUCUGUUCAUGUGAUCUUGGUGGGACAUUCGAUGGGCGGUAUAGUCGGAGGAGAGACUCUCAUAUUACUGGCGUCAGAGGAGCCACUUCCGCCGCCUUCGUCUCUGAGCGAGAGCUCAACGGCGGACGGGAAACGCGCAGGAAGACCGACUUCUGUUGAGCCUACCACGUUCAUGUUCCCUCAUAUUCAAGGUCUAAUGGCCUUCGAUACACCUUUUCUAGGAAUUGCUCCAGGAGUCGUUUCCUACGGUGCCGAGGGUCAUCUUAAGACAGUGGCCACGGCUUACAAUACGAUAUCUGAAAUUGCAAGCGUAUUUGGAUUCGGGGGUAACAAUACAUCCACGACCAAAACGACGAGCACGACUGUCCAGGAGCAGAAGUCACUGCCUGCCUCGACUGCCACUGCGGCUUCUGCAGAUGCCGCAGCCACCCCCUCGUGGCAGCGCUGGGGUCGCUAUGCCAUGUUUGCCGGGGCGGCGGGCGCUGCUGCCGCAGGCGGAGCAGCCGCCCUUUAUUCUCAGCGAGAUAACCUCACAGCAGGCUGGAGCUGGGUAACUUCACAUCUAGCAUUCGUGGGGUGUUUGGCGCGCUCCGAAGAGCUUCGGAAACGUGUUUCUACACUAUCUAAUCUCUAUAUCGAGCGCAAAAUCGGCAGUGCCAACUUCUAUACGUGUCUUGGAAGAGGCGCCCAGUCUAUUCCUGAUCCAACGCACCAAGGUAAAUCUUCCAUCAGCCAGAAGAUCAUACGCUCCAAGGACCGCACAUUCUGCAGCUUGCCUCCAGAUGUGGACGAGCAACCAAACCGAACCGACCCAGGCCUUAUAUGGAUCAAGGCCACAAACGAUAAAUCCUCCAAUGAAACGACUGCGCAUAUCAGCAUGUUCUCCCCGAAAGAUAACCCGGCUUUCUACUCCCUAGCCCACCAAGCUGCCCACCUCGUGACAGAGUGGGUUGACAAACCCUGGUACGCCACAGCAACCAGAGAGAGAAAAAAAGAAAACAUCUCGACUGCGAACGCAGCCGAAGAUGAGCUGAUAGACAGUGAUGAUGUCGUGAUAAUCGAGUAGAUAUAUUACCGGCUCAUGUAGUUAUGCUUGAUGAGGAAUUGAUGAAUGAACGCGUUAUACCAUUAAAUAAAAUCCACUUGUUAUACAUGUCGUAAGAUCGCAACUGAAUAGUCGAUUUUCUGAUCCUUUUGCUGACUUUUACAGAGCC